GAUGAUACAACUUCAAGAAGUACAUCAAGAGCAGGAAGAACAACACCAACACCACCACCACCAACAACAACAACAGAUUCAACAAAAUCAUCAUGCCUGCAAUAAUGAAGAUAUUUUAAACCAGAUUAAAACUUCUGUUCAUAAUUUAUAUGAAUUUAAAACUAAAUAUUUAAAUGAAUGGGCUGAUAAAUAUGGUGUGUUAAAUGAUUCAAUGUUUGAAUCAUGGAUGCAAAGUGAUACAAUCUGUUCAAUGAUCAGUGAAUCAUGUGAAUUAAUGAGUAGGAAAAGUGAAUUAGUCCAAUUGAAAUUUGAACAGACAAUAUCUAUGCUAAAAGCUCAUGAAUCAAUAUUCAUGCAUACAUCAGUAUCAGCUUUACAAAAAGCAGAGUUUUGUUAUCAAUAUGGUAAAGCCUUUAAUGCAAUUGACUCAGACUUGUAUGCAGGAAUUCUUCAUGAUACUGAAGAGAAAGAUGAUUUAACCUGUCAAGCAAUUCAAUGGCUGACUAAAGCGUUGAAAUUCAAUCCUCAGCAUACAGAUGCUUGGUGUGAAUUAGGCGAUUCAUGUUGGCGACAAGGUGAUCCUGUACAGGCUGCCAGUCAUUUUCGUCAAGCGUUAAAAAUUGAUGCUAAACACAUAGAAGCUCUUUGCCAGUUAUCAAUGGUAUUACGUCAACUACCUCCUCCUACUGCUCCUCCCAGUCGUCCUGUUACUAUUAACAAUGCAAGAACAACACCAGCAAAACAGGUUGAAUUGACUACAGACUCUUCUUCUGUUUUCAGUCAAUCUGUAGAACUAGCACAUUCAGCGGUUAGUCAACAACCGACAAAUGGUUUUGCAUGGUCUGUACUUGGCAAUGCAUUAUUAACUAUGUUUUUCAAAAAUUUCGGUUCCAUGACAACGCCUCAGCUGCAGUCAUCAUCAAAUAAACAAGCGCUAUCACAAACUGAUAAUAACAUCAGUUGUAAUAAUAAAGCUAUGAGUGGAUCAACAGUAACAAAGACUUCAACAACAACAUCAUCACCGUCUUCAUGUCAAGUUAUUAUGAAUAGAUGUCUGGCAGCGUAUUCACAAGCGGUUAAAGAUCGUUCAACCGCCUUAGAACCAAGUUUUCAUUAUAAUCGAGGUUUAGCUUGGCAUUAUCGGGAUAUGUUUGGCAAAACACUGACAUGUUGGCUUCAGGCUGUUUGUCUGGAUCCAGACUGGCCCGCACCACAAAAUUGUAUUAAACGUAUUAUUAAAUUUAUUCUAGAAUGGAAGACGUUCAUGCAACAGUUGUCUGAAAUUCAUUCCUGCACUGAUAGUUGUUCUAUGGAUAUGAAAUCGUCGGACCAACGACAACAACAACAACAACAACAAGAAAUCGAUGAAUUCAUUGUUCCCUUGAAUCCGCUUACUAAGCUAUUAACUGUAAACAAUAAGAAGAAUUCUGAUUGGUCAACUAAUAAUAAUGGCGACAAUCAAACUAUUAACCAAUCAUCAUCAAAUUAUGGUGAUGAUAAAUUAAUAAAUAAUAAUAAUAAUAAUAAUAAUAAGUUGACCUUGGAUAUCAAAGAUACAACUGCAUUGAAUCGUUUAUUGGGACCCUGUUGUCCGCAGAUUAACAGUGUGGUAGACCAACAUGAUGGCAAGGAGGAUGACAAGUCGGUGGCGGAUAUGAAACAGAAAGCCAGUGACAAAACCAGUAGCAACAACAAGAAGAAAAAGCGAUUAAAAUCUGCGAAACAUGCUAACAGUUCGUGUAAUACUUUGACUAAUUCUAGUGAACUUCGGCUGUUAACUUCUGUAAUUGACACCAGUCAGAUAAACGUUGGUCUGUUCAAAGAUUUACAGAUAGGUGUAAACAAGAAUACCGUGUGUGUUGGACGUGUUUAUGCUGAAUUGCCUGCUGAUACAGAUUUAGCAAAAAAUUUUCUUCUUGUUGACGCUUAUGGUAUGCCCUUCACUAUUCGAGUGUACAAUAUUGGAAAGGGUAAAGGACCAGUUCGUAAAGAUACCAUCGCUAUACCAAAUCCGUUUGUUGAAGAGAUAUUCAUUGAAGGCCUUAUCCUGCAUUCAUGUAUAACUGCUUUAUCAAAGUUGGAUAGUAAAUAUCUAUCUGAGGAUAUAAUCAGCAAACUGGCAAAUCUUAACAAAGACACUGACACCACCAUUGAAAGUGAUAAUUUGAAAGAAUUUGAUUCCACUUCACUACCGCCUUCUCAUCUUUCAUCAUCAAAUAGUACUGCUGAUAUCCACAUUCGCCUUAUACGUAUUCCACUUCCAGAUCUUCUUGUAGUUAAUGGUCAGCCUGUUGGCUCCAGUUGGACUAGUGCACCAGUUUUUAAAACUGUAUUCUUUACUGGAAAUUGAAUAUAUAUAUUUUGCAUACAUAUGUAGUUGGUUAUGCGUGCUUUUUUUUAAGCGUAAAAGUACUAACUACUUUAUUAUUUGUAAGUAAACAAAAUAUUUUUAGUGAUAAAACCUUGCUAUUGUCAAUUCUGAAUCUACUGACAAAUGUAUAAAAAAAAAUAACUCUGAUU